AUGAUUUUUAAAAGAUGUUUUCAUAAAUACCCAGGUGGGAGUAAAAUAAAGUGUUACAUAGAAAAGAAAAAAAAAAAAAGGAUAGAUGUUAGUUUAUUUCAUCAACCAUUAUAUUCUAAAUAUUCUAAAAAUUACAUUGAUUGGAGAUAUUGCACACCUAAAUCAGGAUAUGAAUAUAUGUAUAUAUAUGGUGAAAAUACAAUAGAAAUAACAAAUUUGCCUAAUAAUAAAACUAAUGAAUACAUUCAAGAAAGAUUGAGAAAAAGUUUAAAUAAAUAUGGAAGAUUAAAAAUUAUUAGAUGUUUAAGCAAUAAAAAUGAUCCUUAUAUAAAUAAUAAUAUAUGUUAUGCUACUUUUUUAAAUAAGGAGGAUAUGUAUAAAUGUAUACGAAAUGUUAAUAUAAGGCUUCCAUUAUCCUUACAAUAUAAAAUAUUAAAAUUUAAAAGUUUAUACACUAAUAAAACUAAUGAUUUUAAUUAUUUUUUUAAACAAGAACAUUACAAUUAUAGUUCUAUAAACGUUGCUUUAAAUUUAUUUAAAUAUUUACAAUUUAAUAAGUGUAUUAUAAAUAUAAAAAAUAUUUAUAAGCAUAUAUACGAAUAUUCUUUUUAUCCUCAUAAAAUCAUUACAUCGGGAAUAUCAGUUUACAAAGUAUUUAAUAAUUGGAUUAAUUUUAUUAAUUUUUUUGAUAAUAUAUUUAUGAAAAUAAAUAAAGAUAAUGAAAUUUUUGUAAGCGCAAAGAUUAUGGAUGAUCAUAAUUUACGUAUUUAUCUAAAUAAUAAACUAAUAGAAUUAAAAAAAAAAACAAAUUUAUCUAAUUCUCAAUACUGGAGGAACGAUUCUUUACAGUUACCUGAGGAAAUAGAAAAUAGAAUAAAUAACGAUCAUCCAAAAAAACUAAAGGAAGAGUUGCAACUUUUAUCGAAAACCAAGGAUUUUUACAAAAUUCACGAUGAGAGACACUUAUUUAAAUUAAAAUUGAAUAAAGAACGAAAAGAAAAGAAAUUAUUAAAAAAAAAAGAUGAAAAAUAA